AUGCGCUCUACCUUCAUCCUCGUAGCCGCUCUUGUCGCGUCUGCAUACGCGAAGACCGUGGUCGUCACCGUCGGCGGUAACACCACCGAAAAUCCAGGCGCGGUCUUCCAGCCACAGAGUGUCGUUGCCGAGGAGGGCGACGUCGUGCUCUUCAAUUUCACCCGUGGUAACCACACAGCGACGCAGUCCACCUUCGCCUCGCCGUGCAUCCCCGCGCACAUAACCAAUGAGACGAUCAACGGCUUCGACUCGAGCUUCCGCGACGCAGGGAACGGCACCGCCAUCACCGAGCUCCCAAUCACCAUCACAGACCCCAACACGACCAUCUGGUUCUUCGACGCGAGCACCUGUGCGCUCGGAGGCGUCGGCGGCAUCAACAUCAACCAGUCGAGCUGGGAGACUCUCGACGGCUUUCAGCGCAAUGCACUCCGCUUAAAUGGCACGAACUCGUCGGCCAGUGCAUCCCACACUAGUGCAUCGCGCACAGCCAGUGCCACUGCGACGUCCCCUGCGUCCACAGGCAACACAGCUACCUCAGCAGCCAACCGCGCUGUCACUAUCGGGGCUUAUGCAGUCGUGCCUGCCCUGGCCUUCCUUGCUGCUCUCUCGUUCUAA